AUGUCGUCGUACUACCGGGAAGAAUAUAGCCGUCCUGCCGAGACGAGAGAGAGGACUUAUGUCCGCGAACGCUCUCGUGAGCGAUCAGUCGACCGCACUCCGGCUUUCCUUCGUGAACCCCGCCGCGAAGCGGGGCACCUGGUCCUUCGCCAGCGUGAUGUCGAAACCGUUACCCGACGCCGCAGCCCCAGUCCCGUCUACGUCGAGAGGAAACAUGUUGUGCGACGCUCCCACAGCGUCUCCCCCCCCGAGAGGAUAGUCGAUCGCCAGCGCGUCGAGGUCUACGAGCGCCCUCCCAGCCCCGAACCCCACCGCGGGAGGAGCAGGAGCAUCUCGCGUGUGCGCACCACCGUUGUUGACAGGGAUAGAAGCAGCAGCCGGAGUAGCUCUUCGUAUAGCGAGAGCAGCUGGAGCAGCUCGCCGAGCCCUCCUCCGAGAUUUAGGAGGCGACCGAGGAGUGCGAGUCCCGUUUGGAAAGAGCGGGAGACGGAGAGGGUAAGGGUAACUCGGAAGGAGUCCGUAAGCCCUGCUCCUCCUCCGCCGCCGCCGCAGCCUGAGGUUCGAACUCACCCUGUCGAGAGGAUCGAGAGGGAGGUUAUUACUCAUUAUACGGAUGUUGACCAUGGUGUUCUUGUUGUCCGACCUCCUACCCCUCAGCCUCAACCCCCGCCCCGCUCCAAGUCUCGAACCCGACACAAGGAUACCGAGAUCGAUAUUUACACCUCUAAGAAUGAGACCGAGGUCGACAUUCGCAAGACCCACUCUCAUUCCCGUUCUCGCUCGCGUUCGCGUCAUCGACCCCGUGUCUACUACGAUGACCGCGGCCGUGAGAUCGUUGUCUCUGACAAUGAUCGCCUGGUCGUCGAUUACAAAUCUCGUCGACGCGCCCAUUCUGCCGCCCCCUUCCCCGUGCGCGGCUACGACCCCGUCCGGGACGAGGCCGAAGAAAUCGUCACCAAGAUCGAUUCUCGCGGCCGUGUUGGUGAAGCUUACCACGGCGCCACCCGCGAUUGGACUAUUGUUGACGUUCCUCCUGGCACGGAGCGCGUCCGAAUGGAUGGCGCCGGUGGCGCCUCGGCCGAGGUAUCUUGGAAGAAGUACAGUGGAGUGAGGAGGACGAGGUUCAUCCCUGAUAGGGAGGAUGACGUCAUCGACGACUCUCCCCGCAAGAGCCGGGAUAGCCUGAGCGUCCGUAUUGUGGACACGAAAAAGCCGGAUCGCCGCGUCUCGGUUCGGCCGCCGCCGGUACCCACGUUGGAGACGUGGACGGAGAUUACGAUGGAUCUAGUCAACCGGGAGGCCCUCAAGAGGAUGGGGUAUCCAUUCGAACAGCGACCCCCAUUCUUCUAUGUGAUGCAGUACCUGACGAGCCACGAGAUUGAUGAGCUUGUCUCGCUCACUGCAAAGAUCCGCCGUGAGCGACGACUAAAGAACCGCCAGCGCCUCCGGGAUAAGGACGUCGAACAUGUCGUGAUCCACAAGCAUAAGCAUCGCCACCACCACCACCCACGAGAUGACUUCCGAUAUGACAAACAGGUGGUAUUCGACCGAAGAGAGUACCACGUCUAA